GAACUGAAUGGUUCAUUUUCACUCACAUCCACCCACCACUGCACUACCCCUCAAUUCUGAAGGCCCAGACCACCACCACCAACAACAACAAACUACAAUCACUCCGCCAUAAACCACUCCCCAGUCCCUUCGAACCCCCUCGAUGGCCUGAACUUCCUCUAGUUUCCAAGUUCUCUACCACAACAUGGAAUCAAUUCCUUACACGAUCCCUUCUUCCAAGCUCCAAUCACUACUUUCUUACAAAACACCCACCAGAACUCGAUCCUCCAAGCUUCUCCCUCUUCACCCUCCCCCACUUCCAAUCAAACCCUUCUAUUAUUCCCCUAAAUGCCUCCCUCUCCGUCACCAUCGCCUCCGCUGCCUCGUUCACUCCAACGCUAACCACCACCAUCACAGCCACAGCGAUCAUAACCACCACGAGCACGAGCACGAGCACGAGCACGAGCACGACCAUCACCAUCACCACCACCACCACCACCACCACGCGCAUCAUGCCAUCGACAGCGCUAACCUCACGGGACCACAACGAGCGAUCAUCGGGUUCGCGAAAGCCACGAGGUGGAUGGACUUGGCCGAUUUCUUAAGGGAGCACUUGCAUCUUUGCUGCUUCUCCACAGCUUUAUUCGUGGCAGCUGCCAUUUGCCCUCACACUUUGCCAAAGCCUCUCGUUAAGCGCUUCCAACACUCCCUCAUCAUCCUUGGAUUUCCUUUGGUUGGGGUUUCGGCUUCGCUGGAUGCUCUAAUUGAACUUAGCAGUGGAAAAGUGAACAUCCAUGUACUAAUGGCGAUGGCUGCUUUUGCGUCUGUUUUUAUGGGAAACUCUUUGGAAGGAGGGUUGCUUCUUGCCAUGUUCAAUCUCGCGCAUAUAGCUGAGGAGUACUUCACGGGACGGUCGAUGAUCGAUGUUAAAGAGUUGAAAGAGAAUCAUCCUGAGUUUGCACUUGUUCUUGACACCAGUGGUGAUAAGCUUCCUAAUACAUUCAACUUGGCGUACAAGAGUGUUCCUGUGCAUGAUGUAACUGUAGGAUCAUAUAUCCUUGUUGGUGCUGGGGAGUCUGUGCCUGUAGAUUGCGAAGUUUUCCAAGGCAACGCUACAAUUACCAUCGAGCACUUGACAGGGGAAAUCAAACCAUUGGAGGCCAAAAUUGGAGACAGGAUACCUGGUGGUGCAAGGAACUUAGAUGGGAGGAUAAUUGUAAAGGUAACAAAGACAUGGAACGAAUCAACCCUAAACCGAAUUGUGCAAUUGACUGAAGAAGCACAGUUGAAUAAACCAAAACUUCAAAGAUGGUUGGACGAAUUUGGUGAACGUUACAGCAAAGUAGUUGUGGUAUUAUCAGUUGCAAUUGCCGUUAUUGGGCCAAUUUUAUUUAAGUGGCCUUUCAUUAGCACACCAGCAUGCAGAGGUUCAGUUUACAGAGCCCUAGGGCUCAUGGUUGCAGCAUCUCCAUGUGCUUUGGCUGUGGCCCCAUUAGCAUAUGCAACAGCAAUUAGUUCCUGCGCAAGAAAGGGGAUAUUACUCAAAGGUGGACAUGUGUUAGAUGCUCUAGCUUCUUGUCAUACUAUUGCAUUUGAUAAAACAGGAACAUUAACCACAGGAGGACUUCUAUUCAAGGCAAUUGAGCCCAUUUAUGGUCAUAAUGUCAGAAAGAAUGAGUCAAACAUUUCUUCCUGUUGCAUCCCUACCUGUGAGAAAGAAGCUCUUGCUGUUGCUGCAGCUAUGGAAAAGGGUACUACUCAUCCCAUUGGAAGGGCUGUUGUUGACCAUAGCGAAGGCAAAGACCUCCCAUCUGUUUCUGUUGAAAGUUUUGAGUACUUCCCUGGAAGGGGCCUUAUUGCUACUGUUAACAGCAUUGAGUCAGGAACUGGAAGUGCUAAGCUAUUGAAAGCAUCACUUGGGUCUGUAGAUUUCAUCACUUCAUUUUGUCAUUCUGAAGAGGAGUCAGAAAAGAUCAAGGAAGCUGUUCAUACAUCUUCGUAUGGAAGUGAAUUUGUUCAUGCUGCUCUUUCGGUUAAUAAGAAGGUGACACUUAUUCACCUAGAAGAUAGGCCUCGUCCUGGGGUUUUUAAUGUUAUUCAAGAAUUGCAGAAUGAAGCAAUGUUACGGGUGAUAAUGUUAACUGGUGAUCAUGAGUGUAGUGCAAGGAGGGUUGCAAAUGCUGUGGGCAUCAGUGAGUUUCAUUGCAACCUGAAACCUGAAGAUAAACUGAGUCAUGUAAAAGACACAUCAAGAGAUACAGGAGGAGGCUUAAUUAUGGUUGGUGAAGGAAUCAAUGAUGCCCCUGCACUUGCUGCUGCAACUGUAGGGAUUGUGCUUGCUCAUCGUGCUAGUGCAACUGCUAUAGCUGUUGCUGAUGUGUUAUUACUUCGUGAAAAUAUUUCUGCAGUACCAUUUUGUAUCGCCAAGUCUCGCCAAACAACAACACUGAUUAAACAAAAUGUGGCUCUGGCAUUGUUCUGCAUUACCAUGGCUUCUCUUCCAUCAGUUUUGGGAUUUCUGCCAUUGUGGUUAACGGUUCUUUUACAUGAAGGUGGAACCCUGCUUGUUUGUCUCAAUUCUAUUCGUGCCUUAAACGAACCAUCUUGGUCAUGGAAGCAGGAUUUGUUACAUUUGAUUGGCGAGGUUAAAUCUAGGCUUCCUUCUCUUGGGACAAAUAUUAAGGGCUCAAGCAACAUUACAACGGCGAGUUUAUAACGUGGUUUUAUUUGAAUGUAUUGUGUUUAUUGACAAACGUCAAUAUCCCCAUUCCAUUAUUUGCCGUUAGUUUUCCUUUCUUGAGCCCUCGAGUUCCCCCCUUUCUAAUGGAAUAAGGAAAAUGGUAUAUUAAGGUAGACUAUACAUGAACAAUUCUCGAAGUCAAUCAGAGAAUUAAUGAAUUACUAAUGUGAAUAAAUAUUGACGCCAAAA